AUGUCUGGUCAGAAGCGGGAUUUGUCUGGCUACAACUAUGGCGCCAUCUCUUCUUUGGUUUUAACAGCAGACAGAUCUGCUUUGCCACGGCGCGACAGGGAACCCGAUGGCGCACCUACGUCUCUCGCCGGACGAAUUGACCCUAAAGAGAUGGGGUCGCGUGUCCAAAGACAGGCACCGAAGGAUGUUGAUAAGAAGAAGAAAAAGGCUUCCGACAAGCAGGAUCCGACGGAGAGGCAGCUGACGAAACGCAAAGCCGAGACGACUGGUUUUGGCUACACAGAUAUCAUCGAGGCCACUCAGGAUGUUGAAGGUCUCACGUAUCGACCACGAACUACUGAGACGCGCGAGGUUUACGAACUCAUUCUUUCUACCGUCCAUCGGAGUCUUGGGGACCAGGCUCAGGAUGUCGUUCGCAGCGCUGCAGACACGGUUCUUGAGACGUUGAAGAACGAUGCAAUGAAGGAUUUCGACAAGAAAAAGGAGGUCGAGCAGGUCGUUGGGUCGAUAUCCAAUGAGGCUUUUUCUCAGCUGGUCAACCUCUCCAAGAAGAUCACCGACUACGGUGCAGAAGAUGAGACCAUGGUAGAUCCGGAUAUGGAGAGGAAAGAUGCAGAGAUUGACGAGGAAAUGGGUGUCGCCGUUGUCUUUGAUGAAGAGGAGCAAGAGAGCGAGGAAGAGGAAGGGUACGAGGUACGGGACGAGUCUGACGAGGAGGAGGAGGAUGAGGGUGACGAGCCACCGCCAGACGAAGACGGCGAGGAGGGGCUGGUUAUUGGAGGAGCGACAUCAGGAUCAGGACGGGCCAAGGCCAAGCAGGACAAGGACAUCGUUUCUCCACACUCCAUUGACGGUUUCUGGGUGCAGCGACAGGUAUCCGAAGUCUACCCUGACCCCGUGACAGCCGCAGACAAAGCCUCGUCUGUACUUUCAAUUCUCGGCUCCGAGUCCAGUUUACGAGACUGCGAAAACCAGCUUAUGGAGCUUUUCGACUAUCAGAGCUACGAUGUCAUCACCAAGUUCCUCAAGAACCGCGAGGUUGUCGUCUGGUGCACGAAGCUCGCGCGCAGUGAUGCGGACGAACGGGUCAACGUCGAGGUUGCGAUGAGGGAGAAGGGGCUUGGUUGGAUUCUACGGGAACUUACUGGUGAUCGUCAGGCAAAGGCGCGGACAGACGCCAUGGACAUCGAUGACGAGGCAAAGCCCGUCAAUGUUCCAAAGACAGCGACUCUUGUGCCGGGCUCGACCUUGCAGCCGAAGAAGACGGUCGACCUCGAGGGCAUGGCAUUUAGCCAAGGCGGUCACCUAAUGUCAAACAAGAAGUGCAAACUCCCGGAGGGUUCGUUCAAACGUGCGAAGAAGGGUUAUGAGGAAAUUCAUGUACCUGCACCUAAGCAGAAGACAACCGCCGCCAGCGACCUCGUCCCAAUCGCCGACCUUCCUGCCUGGGCAAGAGAAGCCUUCCCUGGUACCAAGUCGUUGAACAGAGUACAGAGCAAACUCUACCCCGUCGCUUUCGGGACAGAUGAGCCCAUUCUCCUCUGUGCUCCUACAGGAGCUGGCAAGACCAACGUCGCUAUGUUGACGAUCUUGAACGAGAUGUCCAAAUACCGAGACGAGGCAACAGGCGCUUUCGACCUGGAUGCCUUCAAGAUUGUUUACGUUGCUCCUAUGAAGGCCCUCGUGCAGGAGAUGGUUGGAAACUUCAACUCUCGCCUCAACCCGUUCGGGAUCAAAGUCGGCGAAUUAACAGGUGACUCGCAAAUGACGAAGCAACAGAUCUCCGAGACCCAGAUCAUCGUCACGACACCCGAAAAGUGGGAUGUCAUCACCCGGAAGAGUUCUGACACGAGCUACACCAACCUCGUACGACUGCUCAUCAUUGACGAGAUUCACUUGUUGCACGACGAACGUGGUCCGGUCUUGGAGAGCAUAGUGGCGCGCACGAUCCGGCGCAUGGAACAGACAUCUGACUACGUGCGUCUGGUAGGUCUCUCUGCUACGCUCCCAAACUACGAAGACGUUGCAACUUUCCUUCGUGUCGACGAGUCCAAGGGGCUGUUCUAUUUUGAUGCUUCGUACCGCCCUUGUGCACUCCAGCAGCAGUUUGUUGGCGUGACGGAGAAGAAGGCUAUCAAGCGCUACCAGGUGAUGAACGAGGUCUGCUACGAGAAGGUCCUGGACCAGGCAGGCAAAAACCAGACCUUGGUCUUUGUUCAUUCUCGGAAGGAGACAGCGAAGACUGCCAAGUUCAUCCGUGAUAUGGCGAUCGAGAAGGAGACGAUUACACAGUUCGUCAAGCCUGAUUCCGCCGUCCGCGAGAUUUUGACCGAGGAAGCCAAUAACGUCAAAGAUGCCAACCUCCGCGACCUUCUCCCAUUUGGCUUUGCUGUCCAUCACGCUGGCAUGUCACGCGAGGAUCGUGGGCUUGUUGAAGAAUUGUUCGCCGACGGAUCUGUCCAGGUACUCGUGUGUACUGCUACUCUGGCCUGGGGUGUGAACUUGCCUGCGCACACCGUUAUUAUCAAGGGGACUCAGAUCUAUAACCCUGAGAAGGGUCGGUGGGUUGAGUUGUCCUCCCAGGAUGUCUUGCAGAUGCUCGGGCGUGCAGGUCGCCCGCAGUACGAUACCUAUGGUGAGGGCGUCAUCAUCACCAACCAUUCAGAGCUGCAAUACUACCUGAGCUUGAUGAACCAGCAACUUCCCAUCGAAUCACAAUUCGUGUCGAAGUUGGCUGACAAUCUGAAUGCGGAGAUUGUUUUGGGGACAAUACGAAACAGAGAUGAAGCUGUUCAAUGGCUCGGAUAUUCCUACUUGUACGUCCGUAUGCUCAAGUCGCCUGGGCUUUAUGGCAUUGGUGUCGACUACCAAGAGGACGACGGCAAUUUGAUCCAGAAGCGUGCAGACAUCGCCCACUCUGCUGCUGUCCUGCUGGAGAAAUGCCAUCUCAUCAAAUAUGAGCGCGCAUCCGGUAGGUUUCAGAGCACGGAGCUGGGCCGCAUUGCGUCCCACUACUACGUAACACACAACUCCAUGGCUACUUACAAUCAACACUUGAAGCCGACAAUGUCAACCUUGGAGUUGUUCCGGGUAUUUGCGCUAUCGAAUGAGUUCAAGUUGAUCCCCGUUCGUCAGGAGGAGAAACUUGAGCUGGGCAAGUUGUUGGAACGCGUUCCUAUACCUGUCAAGGAAGGUGUAGAGGAGCCUGCUUCCAAGAUUAAUGUUCUUCUGCAGGCGUACAUCUCCCAGUUGAAACUUGAUGGGUUUGCUCUUGUUGCUGACAUGGUUUUUGUUCAGCAGUCGGCUGGACGCAUUCUCCGUGCUGUCUUUGAAAUUUGUUUGAAGCGAGGCUGGGCUAUUCCAGCUCGUGCUGCUCUAGACAUGUGUAAAAUGGUCGAGAAGCGCAUGUGGGGUUCCAUGACUCCCUUACGCCAGUUCAAGGGUGUUCCCUCUGAAAUCAUCAGGAAGGCAGAAGGAAAACAAUUCCCCUGGUAUCGUUACUUCGAUCUUAGCCCACCUGAGAUCGGAGAGCUGUUAGGCAUUCCUAAUGCGGGACGGCUUGUUCACCGCCUUGUACACAACUUUCCCAAGCUUCAGCUACAAGCUCAGGUUCAGCCUAUCACACGCUCCCUUCUUCGUAUCGAUCUCUCCAUAAUCCCCGAUUUCCGUUGGGAUGAGAAGGUUCAUGGCAAUGCCGAAAGCUUCCUGAUCACGGUUGAGGAUGUCGAUGGAGAGGUCAUUCUUUUCCACGACUCCUUCGUUCUUCGUCAGAGGUACGCUGAAGAUGAGCACAAUGUGACGCUCACCGUGCCGAUGUUCGAGCCCGUUCCACCGAACUACUACAUUACUGUUAACUCGGACCGGUGGCUACAUGCAGAAACUCGACUUCCCAUCUCCUUCAAGCACCUCAUCCUACCUGAGAAGUUCCCUCCACCUACACCCCUUCUCGAUCUUCAACCUCUCCCUCUCUCCGCACUCCACAACAAGGAGUUCGAAAGCAUCUACUCGACUACACUUCAGACGUUCAACAAGAUUCAGACACAAGUGUUCCAAGCGCUUUAUACCUCAGAUGAAAACAUCUUCAUUGGUGCGCCCACAGGCAGCGGGAAGACCAUUUGUGCCGAGUUCGCUCUACUGCGGUUGUGGAGCAAACGCGAACAGAAGCGCGCAGUCUGCAUUGAGCCAUAUCAGGAGAUGGUUGACCAACGGGUAGCCGAGUGGCGGAAUAAGUUCGGUCAACUGCAGGAUGGGAAGGAGAUUGUAGGUUUGACUGGUGAAACAAGCGCAGACUUGCGCUUGCUCGAGAAGGGUGACGUCAUUGUAUGCACUCCUCUGCAGUGGGACGUGGUCUCUAGGCGUUGGCGACAACGUAAGAAUGUUCAAAACAUUGGCCUCCUCAUUGCGGAUGAGGUCCAGCUCGUCGGUGGCGAAGUCGGACCCACAUACGAGGUUGUCAUCUCAAGGACACGGUACGUGUCUGCCCAGACCGAGAUCAAGACCCGCAUUGUCGCAUGUGGUGUCUCGCUGGCCAACGCUCGUGAUCUUGGUGAAUGGAUAGGUGCACCUUCACAUGCCAUUUUUAACUUCCCUCCUAGUGCCCGACCAUUGGACAUGGAUAUUCACUUGCAGAGCUUCACUAUCCCCCAUUUCCCAUCCCUCAUGAUCGCCAUGUCCAAACCCGCCUAUCUGUCUAUCCUCGAGUAUGCUCCGACCAAGCCUGUCAUUAUCUUCGUACCCUCUCGCAAGCAGUGCAAGAUGACCGCCGAUGAUCUGCUACUGCAUUGCAGCGCCGAUGACAACGAGGACCGGUUCUUGAACAUUGAAUUGGCAGACUUGCAGCCUCAUCUAGACCAUGUCAGCGAUCGGACGUUAGUGGAGACGCUUAAGCACGGAGUUGCAUAUUACCACGAGGCCCUCAGCAAGCAAGAUAAGCGAGUUGUGGAACGUCUUUUCCAGUCCGGCGCAGUGCAAGUGCUCAUAGCUUCGAAGGACACUGCGUGGAGCAUCCCUGUGGCCAGCUACAUGGUCAUCAUCAUGGGUGUACAGUUCUAUGAAGGAAAGGAGCAUCGCUAUGUCGACUAUCCUGUCAUGGACGUCCUGCAGAUGAUGGGUCGGGCCUGUCGUCCAACCGAGGAUGACAGGAGUCGAUGCGUGCUGAUGUGUCAACAGACUCGAAAGGACUUUUACAAGAAGUUCCUUGCAGAAGGUUUGCCCAUCGAAUCGCACCUUCCCACACAUCUUCUCCACGAUUACUUCCUUGCGGAAAUCGCUGUCCGGACGAUUGAAAACAAGCAAGACGCAAUGGACAUCUUGACCUGGACGUACUUCUACCGACGCAUGACGCAAAACGCCAACUACUACAACUUACACAACGUCAGCCAUCAACAUCUUUCCGAUCACCUGUCCGAGCUUGUUGAGAAUACCCUCAAUGACCUUGUGAACUCAAAAUGUAUCGCCAUUGAGGACGAGAUGGACGUAUCUCCUCUCAACUUGGGAAUGAUUGCAGCCUACUACAACAUUUCUUACGUCACCGUCGAGGUGUACACUCUGUCGCUGAAAGAGCGUACGAAACUCAAGGGUCUUCUCGAAGUUGUCUCUUCUUCUGCCGAGUUUGAGAACAUUCCCAUUCGCCGACACGAGGAUUCACUGCUUCGUCGGAUCUACGACCGCGUACCGGUGAAAUUGGAUCACGCUGACUUCGAGGCGCCCCACUUCAAGACGUUCUUGCUCCUCCAGGCACAUUUCUCCCGCUUGACUCUUCCGCCAGACUUGGUCGCAGACCAAGCCUUGGUCCUCGAAAAAGUUUUGAACCUGCUCUCGGCAUGUGUGGAUGUAAUGUCGUCCAACGCUUGGCUCAACGCUCUAGGCGCCAUGGAUUUGUCGCAAAUGUGCGUGCAAGCGAUGUGGGAGACCGACUCCCCACUGAAGCAAAUCCCGCACUUUGAGCUCGACGUUGUCAAACGGUGCAAAGAGGCUGGCAUUGAAUCUGUCUACGAUGUCAUGGAGAUGGAAGAUGACAAGCGGAAUGCGCUCCUCCAGAUGAAUUCCCCACAGAUGCGCGACGUUGCCGCAUUCGUCAACUCCUACCCUACGCUUGAUGUCACACACGAGCUCGUCAAGGGAGAGUACACAGCGGGCGGCCCUAUCGUGUUGCAGGUUGCACUCAGCAAGGAUGCAGACGAGGAGGAGGAGGCUGGCGAUGCCUCCGUCGUCGCGCCGUACUUCCCUGGGAAGAAGCUUGCCAACUGGUGGGUCGUGGUCGGCGAACCCAGCACACGACAGCUGCACUCCAUCAAGCGCGUGACCGUCACUCGGAGCCUCAACGUCAAGCUCGAGUUUACGCUACCGAAGGGCACGCACUCGCUCAAGCUAUACGUCAUCUGCGACUCGUACGUCGGCGCCGAUCACGACAUCCCGCUCGACCCCAUUGAUGUUGCGGAGGGCGAGGAUAGCGACAGUGACGAUGACGAUGGCAGCGACGACGCCAUGGAGGAGUAGAUGGGCAGAUUCUUCGCGGACUGCGUGUGGCUCCCAAAAUGUAUCAGUAGCGGUUGUUUGCUUUUUCUUUUUCGUGUACCGAUGUACCAUAUGUACCCGUUGGUGAACAGCGUUAUUCUUGAGUUGCUUCUUGCAUCAAUGAACCG